CUGACAGCUUGUGGCGUAUGACUUAUCUUCUUGGCUGCCCCGAGACGGGCGUCAAUGCAGCAAGCUCCAACAUUCCUACGUUUAAGCAUCUGACAGACCUACCAGUGCCUAAAGUAAGGAGGUAAAAUAUUAGGUAUAUAAAUAGAUACCCGAUACACCUACCUACGCGACAUAAUGUAUUGAGCUUGCAACAUGCAGCCCCCCCUUACAAAAAAAUCAAUAAUGGAACGUAUGGAACUGUGGUUUACGUUCGAGACCGUUGCAUUUUCGGGUUAGGCUGACAUCGCCUCGUGGCUGAUACGACCCCAAGCAAGCUGCGGAAGUAAUCUAUGCGGGCUCGUGUUAUUUGAUACGACGUUAGAUUUUCUUUCGCGGAGAUAAGCCCCCUAGCGACACGAGGGAAGAUAAAAAGAAAGAAAGGUGAGAGAUAGUUAGACAGAUAGAUAGAGGGAACUCAUAAGAUGGGCCUAUAUGCCGGGUUCUAUAUAUCCCCGCGUGUUCGAGACGAACUACUGCAGGCUCGUAUAACCGUGACCGAGUUGCUAUUUAAUAUAGAGAGAGUUGCAUAUUUACCUACCUACCUACAUAUCUCAUAUCUCAUAUCUCAUUAACUAUCUAAUAUACCUAACACAAUGGCUCGCUCAAAAACAACGGGUGUUUAUCCCCUGAGCACCAGGAAUUCUUUUUCGGCGGGAGUUACGUCGACACUUGAUUCCCGCGUUCAAGCGGGUAAGGGAAAUACGACCGUUCGCAAACAAUGGGCAGAUGAACCAUGGCCGCUGAUCAAGGUCCCGUCUCGAACUAAACUAACUAAACAUGCCGGGCACCCAGUGCAGCACAUCGUAAGGGAGGUAACGAACACGCACAACGCGAUGCUGCGCGGCCUUAACGCGCUGUACAUCCAAGCCCCGUAUGUGCGGCUCCCGGCCGACGUGGCCGAUUUCUGCUUCCUGGGGCGCGUCUGGGCUUGCUGGGUAAAAGACUAUCAUAACCAUAAGGAGAGCGUUAUGAUACCCAAGUUCGAGGACGCGCUGGGGUUGGAGAGGGGGAGUUUGAAGUUGACUUUUGUGUUUUCCGAGGGGGAAGGAAAGUGGAUGAGUAACGGGAAAGGAGAAGGGAAUAAGAGCAAAGGCAAGGGGAGGGGGAGGGGGAGGGAAAGGGGGAAUGGUAAAGGCAAGGAAAAGGAAGGGGAAUAUACCUUAGAAGGAAACAUACCAGCCCUUGUACACAACGUCCUGAAAUACGUCGCCGCAACCCACGUCGAACCAACGUCCUAUUCCUCAUCCACUCUGCAAACCCUCCUAUCCUCGCUCGCCAGCCUUCUCGUCCCCCAUCUCCACGAACAAAUCCCGCUGCUCCAACAAAUGCAGGAUAUCUGCCUCAACUCGCUUUCCCCUUCCGGCUCUGUCUCCCCAAUUCCAACCCCCUUAUCGAUCAAUUCAACAAACUCAACCUCCUCCUCCUCCCCUUCCUCUCCUCCAUCAUCCGUAUUUAUACCCAUAUCCUCGCCCCCAUCCUCCUUCCCCUCUCAAUCCUCUCUCCCUAAACCCGAACCCAAUCCUAAUCCUAAUCUUAAUCCUAACCCCAAACCCCCAGCGGCAAUCAAAUCCGCCCUCCUAACCCAAGCCCACCUCAGCACCUUAACAUCCUUCUCGCCUUCCCCGUCCCUAUCCCCGCUUUACCCUCUCCUGUCCUUCCCCUCCUUUACUCCCUCCUCCCCCUCCUCCCGCUCCCCCUCCCUCUUCCCCCUAGACCCCUACACCUCCCUCCCCAUGCUCGUCCGCCUGCGCGACGCCUCCUACGACGCCCGCCCCGGCGACGGCCACCCCUGGCCGCGCCUCUCCGUCCCCGCCCUCCACGCCGUCGCCGACCGCCUGUCCGCCCCGCACCGCGGCUGCUGGCGCUUCCUGCCCUGCGACGUCUGGGGCCGGCCCGCGGAGUCCGCGUUCCUGCCGGGCCGAGACGAAGAACAACAACAACAACCGCAAUAGUAAGAACGAUGGCAAGGAGAGAAGCGAGGACGUGGUGCAGGUUGGUGACAUUGAAUGGUGGAGGGAAGAAGGAAGGAAACAAGGGAGGAAGGAAAAACAGGGAAAUAAACGGGAAAUAAACGGGAAUAGAAACAAGCGAAUUCAUGGAUGAGCGAGGACAAAGAAAGUAAAGUAAAGUACCUAAAGAGAUGAUAAAUACAUCAUACUACACGGAGCUGGGAGACUAUUUGAAUAUACGUGUUGGCAUUUUUCCUUA